GCGGAAAAAUGCCAAGUUUUAAUUCAGAUCUCGGAUAAAGUACGACGGUGGAAAAUAAUAAAUACGAGGGAAAUAGAUCUUUAAUCAGUUAGUGUUUUGUUUUGUAAUAUCUGCACAGUUUGUUGGGGGAGGACAGAGAGACCAACAGGCGAUCCUAGAAGCAGCUUGUUGAUGGCACUGCGCACAGGGAGGACUUGGUUCGGGCAGGUCUUGCGCAGGGUCUCUCGUCUGCAGGGCUCUUGGUCCAGACGAUCCAGCAGUCUGCUGUGUCUCUCCGCGAACCAGGAGCAGGAUCUGGGGGUCUGCCACCGGGAUCACUACAAAGCGGGGGACUUCGGCGCCCACAGUCCCCACAGCACCCCAGCCUCCGGGCGCUGCCCAGGCGGCUUUCCUCACGCUUGCUGCGCCUUACCGGGUCACCCGAGGGGACAUGAGACCCUCGGUCGCCGAUUCCUGUUGGCCAUGAAGCGGCAAAACGUGCGGACCCUGUCGCUCAUCAUCUGCACGUUCACGUACCUGCUGGUGGGGGCCGCCGUGUUUGACGCCCUGGAGUCCGAGUUUGAGAUGCGCGAGAAGGAACAGCUGGAGGCCGAGGAGAAGCGGCUGCAGGGGAAAUAUAACAUCAGCGAGGAUGAUUACCGUAAACUGGAGAGCAUCAUCAUGGAGGCUGAGCCCCACAGAGCCGGGGUGCAGUGGAAAUUCGCAGGCUCCUUUUACUUUGCCAUCACGGUCAUAACCACUAUAGGCUACGGGCAUGCAGCUCCUGGGACUGACGCGGGAAAGGCCUUCUGCAUGUUUUACGCUGUCCUUGGAAUCCCUUUGACUCUCGUCAUGUUCCAGAGCCUUGGCGAGAGGAUGAACACAUUCGUCAAGUACCUCCUCAAACGCAUCAAGAAAUGCUGUGGGAUGCGCAUCACAGACGUGUCCAUGGAGAACAUGGUGACCGUAGGAUUUUUCUCCUGCAUCGGCACGCUCUGUAUUGGAGCCGCUGCUUUCUCUCAUUAUGAGGACUGGAGCUUCUUUCAGUCCUACUAUUACUGCUUCAUUACAUUAACAACAAUAGGCUUUGGGGACUUUGUGGCCCUUCAAAAGAACCGGGCCCUACAGAAGAAGCCCCUGUACGUGGCCUUUAGUUUCAUGUAUAUCCUUGUGGGCCUGACAGUCAUCGGAGCCUUCCUGAACCUGGUCGUGCUCCGUUUUCUGACUAUGAACAGCGAGGACGAGCGGCGGGACGCAGAGGAACGUGCGUCCCUCGCUGGGAAUCGCAACAGCAUGAUUAUUCACAUCCAGGACGAAUCGCUGCAGCGGAGUCGGCGACGACGAGAGCCAUACAGGACGGAGGUGACCGACCUGCAGUCGGUGUGCCCGUGCAUGCACUACCGCUCGCACGACUACGGCAGCUCCGGCGGCGGGAUCGGAGGCCUGGGCUGUGCCUUUUCCCAUCAGAACUCGUUCAGCUCGCAGCUAAACCGCAAUCAGUACUUUCACUCGGUUUCCUACAGGAUUGAGGAGAUCUCGCCCAGCACGUUGAAGAACAGCCUCCUCCCUUCGCCCAUCAGUUCAGUUUCUCCUGGCCUUCACAGCCUCACAGACAAUCACCAGCUCAUGAGGAGAAGGAAAUCUAUCUAAAGCUCCGCACUCACAGGACCAGUGAGUUUUUAUGUUUUAUACACACUAGGUCAAACAUUUUCAAUGCUGCUCUUCACCAGAUUUUCAUUUUAGCACUUUUUUCCCUUCCUGGUUUGGUUGUAUGAAAUAAAAGUUUUGCUGGGAACAGAUAAAGACGAUUGGGCAGAACAGCAAGAGUUGGACCCAAGAGGAUGCAAAGCAUGAAGCAUGGAUGUCUAUUUUUUCAAGAAUUGAUUUAAAGAGACUCUACGUGAACAAUAAAACUUGACUUAUUACAGAUUUACAUUAUAAAAUGAAUACAUGAACUUUGGUUACGUAUAAAACGAUGCACACUGGGGAAAUGCUAUUUUUCAAAGGGAGUUUGCUUGUUUCACUCUAACUUGAAGAGAUAUUUGUUAUGACGUAUUAUCCCAUUGCCUCGCUGCAGACAGAGAUUUCAAAAAUGUUCUAAAGCAUCAGGUAUUAUUUUCAAUAAGCAAUCAUUUACUUUAAUGGUUUCAACUCAUAUUAAGCCAAAAUAUUGUUGCCAAUAUUAGCAUGUGACUUAGAUGUCAUUUACUUGUAGGCCAUGUUUUUCUUUUUUUUUGUUGAUUUUUGUUUUUUAUGGUUGGUAAAGUGUCUUUUGUGUAUAAAUCAAAGGAUCAUACUGCUGUUAUUGAUACUUCCUGCUGAUCUAAAACGCAUCGGAUUGGGUCUGGAUAGCUUUAAAUUCACUUGCAGCCUUUUCAACUCAACAGUGACCUAAAAGGAAAGUCAACCACAGCACUAUGCCAGUUUCUAGCUCUAGGGUCUUCCCAUCCAAGCGAUUGAUUUUGUAACAUUAUGUUCAGAACGUGUUGAUGAAUAUUUAUUAUCAUAUGAACAAUACAGAAAUGCAGUUAGGAUAUGGUACAACAUUUAUUGGGCAUUUUUGUUUCGUAAAUUUGGAAAAAACUAAAUAGGACCUUGGUUGCACGCUACAGUAUUCAGCACCAUUGAACUCCUUGGUUCAGAUCGUGGCACGUGCCUUUUAAUCAGGAGUUCCUCACCAUGCAUGCAUAAAUCGGCAUGAUGCACACUUCUUUCCUGCCACAGUCCAGAAAGGUGCAUGUCAGUUGAGUUUGCAUCGUAAAUCUGCCCUUAGGUGUGAAUAGCUGUUUAUUGUGAGUGGUGGUCAUGUGACAUACAGCUGAUGGACUUGCUCCCAGACGGCAGUAUACCUUUAAGGCUGAUUUAUACUCAGAAACCAGGUCCUCUGCAUGUGUGUCGCAGUGAAUGCAAAUGUGUCCCUGCCACUUCUGUAAACACUCUGCAUCACCUCUCCAAAAUCGUAGGUGACCGCAGACAGUGGGCCUCUUAUUGGUCUAAUCAACGUCCGCUCUACACUAUGCGUAUUUCCUGUUUGGUACCUUACCGGCUUGUUUUGUCUGAAUGACCGUCAUUGCGGAA